UCUCAUCCUGACCCUGCUUUCUCUCUCCUCUCUGUCUCUUUCGUUUCCAGCCAGGAUAACGGAGGUGGACGAGCUUGGAGUGCUAUUGUUGUUAUUUUUUUAUUAUUAAUAUUAUUUAUUCCUCGUUUUUCGGGAGACCCGUCACCGGGCAUGGAGGAUGUAAAAGACCCGCCGACCGUGCACCGGUCCUCCUCCUUCAGUAUCAAGAGCCUCCUGCUGCCCUCCAAGUGCGACAGGCCGGACCCCGUAGCCGCUGCAGUGGUGGGAAUCCCCGGGACCUUCUCUCGCUCUCCGGGCUCCGAAUCUGACAAGUCUCUGGAGGAGGUGGACUCUAAGUCUCUGGACCCCCUGGAGGUGGCUUUGGACCCCGAGAAGCCGGACAAGCAGGAGGACCAGGAGGAGGAAGGUGGAGGAGGCGCCAAGACCACACCGAACACUAACGGUAAUAGUACCGUGAAAAACGGGAAAUAUGACAAGCCUCCGUUCAGCUAUAACGCCCUGAUCAUGAUGGCCAUCCGGCAGAGCCCCGAGAAGCGGCUCACGCUGAACGGCAUCUACGAGUUCAUCAUGAAGAACUUCCCGUACUACCGGGAGCACAAGCAGGGCUGGCAGAACUCCAUCCGUCACAACCUGAGUCUCAAUAAGUGCUUCGUGAAGGUGCCCAGGCACUACGACGACCCGGGGAAGGGGAACUACUGGAUGUUGGACCCGAGCAGCGAUGACGUUUUCAUUGGAGGGACAACCGGGAAGCUCCGUCGGCGCUCCGCCACCUCCCGGGGGAAACUGGCCAUGAAACGCGGGCUGCGCUUCGCUCCUCUCGGCUUGGGGAUUAACGAGCGGGCAAACAACCCGCUGUACUGGCAGAUCUCUCCGUUUCUCUCCCUGCACCAUCACCACCACCACCACCCGCACUACAACGGAUCCUCACCCGGGUUUUUGAACCAGGCGGGCGGGUACGGGUCGCUGCUGCCCGCCGUGGAGCAGCUGGGUAACGGGGACCUGGGGCGCUCUAUCCUGGGGAACAGUUACGGGAUGAGCACUUCUCCGGUGGGGCUGCUCUCCGGACAGACUGCCGGGUACUUUGUCUCAGGGACCGGACACUCAGGGCAGCCCGGAGGAGGACCGCCGCCCCCGCCGCACCUCCAGCAGGGGUACGGCGGCCUGACGAGCAGUAGCUCCCCGCAGCACCUGCUCUCGGACUCCCUGAGAAACAGCUCCUUCUCCCCGGGCGUUUCCGCGGGGUUCCCCGGGGUGCUGUCCCAUCAAAAGAGGGUGACCCCUAACGCUUUCCUAAACUGACCCCCCCCCCCCCCCCCCCCCACCCCCAACCCUGGGACGAGGACGCACAAAAUAUGUUAAGGGCAUAAUAAUAAGUGGUAAAUAUCAAACAAUGAUCGCAAAAAAUAUAUAUGAAGUGUUUUUUUGGCCAUAUUUUGCCCCGAAGAGCAUCGGGUUUAUUUUGAUGAUUAUAUUUUCUUGUUUGAAAAAAGGGACAAACUUUUGUUACCCGCGGGUUGUACAACUGUAAACUAGACUUGCCAAAGGUAACGCUUUAAGAAUAAUUCAAGCUAUUUAUAUCUUGUACAAAGAUUUUCAGUACUUUCUUUGAGUCUUUUAUUUAUGUUUUGUAUUUAUUGUACAAUGUAUUUAAAUUCUAUUCGUCAGUGUAUACUUAUCAGUAUUAAGGAUUAUGGGAUGGGGAGGGGGGUGAAAUAAGACAUACAGGGUUAAUAAUAAUUAUUUAUGAAUUUUGAGACAAUCAAGGAGAAAAACAGACAAUCAAAACGUUUUUCUUUUCUCUUUUUAUGAGAGGAAAAACGUUUGAAUAGGUAAAUAAUGAGUAAAUAAAGCCUUAAAUCAGCAGAAACAAUCAGGGGUUUCGAGAGGAAAAAAUAAGCCUACAAUCAUAUCUCUACUCAGGUUAACCCCGGACAGGCCUAACAAUAAUAAUAAUCACAAUAAAAACAAUAACACUGCUCUCUGUGAAGAGUUUCCUUCCAAAAUAAUGAUAUCCAGAAUAAUAUUCCCAACAUGGCAGAGCCGUAGUAAAGCUAUAAAUAUCCUGACUGCUGCCUUCAGUGCUAAAAAUGGCAUUUUGACUUCCCCUUUAAAUAAAUGGAUAUACAUGUUUUUGGAAUAGAACUCUUCAUGUACAAUAUUAUGCAAAACAAUGCAGCUGUAACACACGUUUAUAUAUGUAUAUGUUAUUAUAAAAGCCCAGAUUGUCCUAAUAACUUCAGUUCAUGGUUUAUGUGUGUGUGUGUGUUAAUGUGUGUGUGCAGGCCUGAAUGAGCGUAAAAGCUCCUGCGCAUGUGCGCUAAAGCCCGCCGCACAAACACAAUCUUAUUUUUGUUCUUAAAACCAUACAUUUGAGCAGCUUCUGCCGGUGUAACGCCCCGCUAACCUGCUAGUGUUUCCGGGUAAACUUUUUCAAAGUGACCGGUGGAGGAUGGAGGCCUCUGGAAGUGUUUUUAUUCUGCAGUUUUUUGGGGAAGCGGCUGCAAAAAAAAACCUGAGGCCCUGAACCACACACACAUCCAUACAAAUGCUGUCCGGUGAAAAACUCGUAUCUCCAAAACUUUGUAUAAUAAUAAUCAAUGAUAAUCAAUUUUAUCAAGCAUGAAAAAUCAUUCUUGGCUUUGAAAAUAGACAACUAAUCUCAACUUCAUUCAUUUAUUUAAAUUUACUCUUUUUUUAGCAAUUCAUUUUGUUAUUGCACCAAGCUGAAAAACGAGUCUCAAAAAAUGCACAACAACAACAAAUGGAGAUACGAGGUUGUUAACUGCAGUGAUAAAUAUGCAAGGAUGUGGAUUAAAAUCUGCACAGUAAUACCGAUAUCAAUGUUUCAUGUGACCGUGUUAACGACACCGAGGUUUCAGAGGAAAGACAACUGGUUUUGUAAACUCAAAACGGGAAAAAUAGUUUUCACAUUUAAUUUCCAAUAAUGCAUUAUUUUGACCUAUUCCUGUACAUCUUUUCAUUAUUUAGCAGGUUUCAUAAACAGUCUGCUUUUUAGCCCAGAAUGUCCAGGUUUUACUACACAUGUGUAUUAAAGAGAACCUAGAUGUUUUUCCAACACAGCCAUGUUUAUUUGGAAAUUCUGGUUUUAAGAAUCAUAUUUUUAUUUGGGUUUACUGAAAGAUAUUUUUAUCCUUAAUAAAUAAUACCCUUUAAAAGUUAGUCAGUAUUUAAUUCCACAUAACACACACUGGCCAUUUUACAGUUACAUCUGUAUACUGGCUGAUAAAACAAUAUGAACAAGUACAUUAAUGGUGACGUUAGGUUUUCUUUAUCAACAUUACAAAAUAAUAUGGUCUAAAUUUGUGAACCUAUUCCGGUUUUCUUUUCUGACAGUUUACAAUGGACAUUUCAAAACAAAAUGCAAAAACCUUGUGAUUGCAUUAGAUGAAAGCCUAAAUGUAAAUUCAGUUAUUUUUAAAGUAAGCACACCGAAUGAUCUGCGUUUGACUAUCAAAGUAUUGAUUAUUGUAUUUCUAUGGAUCAGUCUGUUCUCAGAUCUCAGGUCAGUGCUCUGUGAGCUCUGAAACCCAACAAAUAUGAGGAAACAAAAGACAACCAAGCAGCAGAAAUGUGGAUGAUAUUUCACAAAACAGCCAUUCAUAAACGCUAUGUGUCAAAUUAAAGCCAACAAUGUCAAUAAUAGAAAAGAAAGAUUUAAAAAAUAAGUGAAUUAGGGAAGUAAAGAGAUGUUUUUCCAAUUAAACCCUGGUUUAAGUCAGGCUCUGGCAUUAAUAAUAAACUGCACUGUUGAAUAUUUCAUUAUUUCAUUACCAUCUGUUUUAGGCCUUUUACUGCAAGACUCUAUCUGACAGGUUGGGUUGAAUUGAAAUUGAUUUAAAUGUGGGUAUCUUGAAUAAUUGAAAUGUCAAACAGCUGAGCAUGCAGUCAACAAACCGGAAGCUUCUUCCUCCCAAAAACAUUUUUCUGAAUUUUUUUAUUUUGUAUUUCUUUUACGGUGCAAGGCUAAAUAACUUAUAUAACCUCUGAACAAAAGACAC